UUUCCUUUUGUGACUCCUGAAGGACAAGUGGGUCCUGAGCAGGAUGCAGCAGCCAGCGGCUGGUGACAGGAGCACAGCUGUUCCCUUGCCCUGUCAUCCAUCCGAGGCCAGCCUCACUGCUGACUCGUACUAUACACACCGUGUUGUUCAGGAUCCCGAGUGGUCCCUCGCCACUGUUCCCCACCUCACUGAGCUCUGCCUCCAGCACAUCGUUCAUAAUUUUGAAAAGAACCCGAUUUUGGACCGCCUUCUGCCUAAGCACCAAAGAAAGGUGCUGGACAGGCUCUCCACUGGCCUUCCGCUCUCUGUGACUGCCAACCUGAUAAGCGAUGAGGACUACUGGAAGAGGUGCUGCACUGAGCGCUGGCAAGUGUGUGACAUCUCCAACUAUGGAGACAGCUGGAAACGGAUGUUCUUUGAACGUCACCUGGAGAACAUCCUGAAAUGUUUCAUCCCUAACACCACAGACCCCAACCAAGUCCUAGAGUUCAUCCCGCUCUGCAAAGAUUAUGUGCGGAAACUGGAGGUUGAUCAGUUUCUGCCACCGAUAGAAGUGGAUCAAAAGGAGGAGAGGGAUGACCUAUCUGAUACAGGGAGUGAUUUUGGAUUUGAUGAGGUCUUCAUGCGUCACUAUGACCUGGGAGUCCUCAUUACUACUCUCCCUCACCUUGAAGAGCUUCAUCUCACUUAUGGCGUGAAGGACUGCGGCAUGAACUUCGAGUGGAACCUCUUUAACUUCACCCACCAGGACUGCUGCAACCUGGCUGCUGCCCUGAAGAUGUGCCACAACUUGAAAGUUUUCAAGCUGACGCGAAGCAAAGUAGAUGAUGACAAGACCAGGCUGCUGGUCCAUAACUUGCUGGAUCACCCCUGCUUGGUGGAGCUGGACUUGUCCCACAAUCUCAUCAAGGACAAAGGGGCACAAGCUGUUGGCAAAUUGAUCAACCACAGCAGAUUAGAAACCCUUGACCUGUGUAACAACCAGAUCCAUCACGUGGGGGCUCAGGCUCUUGCUCAAGCCCUUGCUGAAAACUCCACCCUGACCUCCCUGAAUCUGCGCCUCAACUGCGUGGAGGACAAAGGCGGGGAGGCUAUCGGCCAUGCCCUGCUGACCAACACCACCCUGAAGUCCAUCCAUCUGGGAAGUAAUAACCUGUCAGAGCCAACCGCUGUGCUUUUCUCCCAGGUCUUGGCUCAGAACACCACCCUGACGAGUAUCAACUUCUCAUGCAACCACCUGGGGCUGGACGGUGGGAAGCAGCUGCUUGAAGGGCUGGCGGAUAACAAGGCUCUGACCGAGUUUGACCUCCGCCUGGCAGAGGUGGGCGAGGAGACCGAGUACCUCAUUCACCAGAUCAUGUGGGCCAACCGGGAAGCGGUGAGGCAGGGGGCUCUGCAGCAUCCCCCUGCCAAACCCCUCUGAAGAGAACUCCGGAGAGCGAUGAGCUGUGCAGGUGCAGUGUUGGAGAUACUUCAGAGGGUUGUUUUCAUUUGUAUUUCUGAGAAACAUGCAACUUGUGGUUGCCACCGCAGCCUCUCCCAGAUCCCCAUCAUCCAACCUGUGACUUAAAAUGAGACAGACAUUAGACCUCGUGGGGCUGCGGUGGCAGCACAGAAGCAGUCUGCCCCCUGAGCCCUCUCCCAUUGCAUCCGAGACUAAAUCCCACCUCCUGUGGUGUUUCUUGCGUCUUCCAGCGGCAACCUUAGUGCAGGCAACUGGAUGUUGUUCCACCUCUAAAGCAGCUAAGAUGACAUCUCCACCAUCCAAAUGGUCUAGUUCAGACCUAACUCUCAGAGCAGGCAGCUCUUUUAGGCUUUUUGCUGAGGAGGACAUGAGAUGCAUAGAGGAUAGAGGGAAUGCU